CCUGCUGCAAGCAAUGUCUAUCUAUCGAUCGAGAACAAGAACCAUCUCACUGCAGUCUCAUCUCAUCAUGGCCUUCCAACGCCACCGUUCAUGGCUGCUCCUCCUCGCCCUCGCUUGCUUGUUGUGCCUCGCUGCCACGGCUGCCGAGGCCAAGCGGACCGGCGAGCUGACGGUGUUCUGGGGCCGGAACAAGGACGAGGGCACCCUGCGCGAGGCCUGCGACACCGGCCUGUACAACACCGUGGUCAUCUCCUUCAGCGUCUUCGGCCACGGCAAAUACUGGACCGACCUCUCGGGCCACCCGCUCCACGGCAUCGGCGCUGACAUCAAGCACUGCCAGUCCAAGGGCAUCCCGGUGUUCCUCUCCAUCGGCGGCGGGGGCACCCACUACUCCCUCCCGUCCUCGGCGUCGCCGGAGGCCGUCGCGAACCACCUCUGGAACGCGUACCUCGGGGGCGGCAGCGGCGACGUGUUCCGCCCCUUCGGCGACGCGGCGGUCGACGGAGUCGACUUCUACGUCGACCAUGGCGCGCCGGAUAACUACGACGAGCUCGCGCGCCGCCUCGACUACUUCAACAGCAUGUACUACCACGCCACGGCCAAGCACGUGCGGCUCACGGCCACGCCGCGCUGCGCGUUCCCGGACCGCCGCCUCGAGCGCGCGCUGGAGACUGGGCUGUUCGAGCGCAUCCACGUCCGCUUCUACGGCGACGAGGAGGAGCGGUGCUCGUACAAGAAUGGCGGGGUCGACGGCGUCGUGGAGGAGUGGGAGAAGUGGACGGCGAGGUACCCCGGGAGCCAGCUCUACGUGGGGCUGGCCGCGGCCGAGAGCGGCGUGCCGGAUGGGGCGCCGCCGCCCGUGGAGGUGUACCUCAAGUACCUCUACUACGACCUGCUGCCCAAGGUGCAGAAGGCGGACAACUAUGGCGGGAUCAUGAUCUGGGACAGGUUCACCGACAGCAGGACCGGAUACAGCACCGCCGUCAAGGGCUGGGCGUCAUGCUCUUAUGGCGGCUGUGUUUAAUUAAUUAAUUUAUUUCACUAUAUAUAUAUAUAUAUAUAUAUGGGCACCAAUAAUAGUAUAUUACUGUAUGGACUACUGCAGUUGCUUUCAUGUUCUGCGAUUGCAGCUAGUCAAUGGAAUAAAAAAUCCACUAGCUGGCCAAAUAAGGCUGAUGAAUUUUCAUGGAUGUGACGCUGUAGGGAAUUGUCAUCGCCAAGAUUUAACCGCCAUGUAAUUGGGUCAAGACUGUCUGCUGGGCUGAUUUUGGUUGCCAAGGAAAAGAUGAUUGCAGCCCGCGCGCGUGCAAAGGAGCCAGCUGGGCUCCGUGUAUCUGUGUGAAGGAGCCGAUUGGGCUCCAUGUGUAUCCAUUAGU